UUGCAGACUGAAAAGUUGAACCGGAAAUGCAGCAAGAUUUCCGUUUCGUCAAGCUACGAGGAAGACGAGGUCAACGACUCCGAAGACGAAACGGACGAUGCAGAGGGAGGCGACCACUAUGAGUACUUCAAGAAUGACGGACAGCCCUUGGUCGGCCGAAGCCCGCAUGCUGCAGAGGAGAGUUCAAACGCACAAAUGCUCAAAAGCACGUCUGAAAGCGACCUGCACGGUUCUGGAGCCAUCGACGAGACGAAGCCAAAGCGAAAGCUGCUUACAUCGCCGGUAGCUGCAGAACUCAGUGAUAUUGUCAUCUACUGCCAAGCAGUGAAAUUCAGUUUGUCGAUGUUGUCCUCCAUGCAUGACGACCUCCGCUACAGGACAACGGUGGGGCCAUGUUCCAGGACACAGCCAGGUUUGUGUCCUAUCAUUUAUACUGAUGGCCAGCAAAAUACGAAGAUCUAA